AUGGAAAAUGAAACGGAUCCCAAGAAUAUCAGUAAUAAGAUCAGGCCGUCUCCGAGGCAGCGGCGGCGGCGACCUUGGGCGGCGGCGGCGGCCCCGGGCAGCUGUGGAGCCUUUUGGGGCUCGGGAGUGGAGCUAAGGCAGGUUCCUUCGCUUGGCCGUCCCGGCCGGAGGACGCUCCAGAUGUGUAGCCUCUGCUCCGCGGCUUGGGCAGCCGCGUGGACCAGUGGCAGCAGCGGCGGCGGCAGCGGCACUGGCGGUUUGAAUAAAGAUUAUGUCUUUGUGACACCCAUCGAAGUGGAUCCUGGAGGAGCCUACAUUUCCCAUGACAUUUUGCACAGCAGACGAUGGAAGCGCUCACCCCAGAGACCCAGGGGCUCCUUGCACUAUAGAUUUGCAGCAUUUGGGCAAGAUCUGCACCUACAACUUGAACCGUCUGCCAUCCUUGGCCAAGAUCUUAUGGUCCAAGUCCUAGGAAAAGAUGGCAUCCUAGAGUCCGGGAAGCUUGAAGUGGAGCCGUGCUUCUACCAGGGAUUCAUCUGGAAUGACAGCACCUCCUCGGUGGCACUGUCGACAUGCAUGGGACUGUCAGGUCUAAUCAGGACCCAAGAAAAUGAGUUCCUCAUCUCUCCAUUGCCAGUGCUGCUAGCCCAGGAACACAACUAUACCUCCCCCACAGGCCAUCAUCCUCAUGUGCUAUACAAAAGAACAGCAGAGGAGAAAAUACAGCGGUAUCAGGGCUUUCCCGGAUCCAGUCUACAUUUACCUGCUCAUCCCCAAAGUCAGAGCCCCCAGGAGCCUCCAAGGCCAGAGAAGCCUUCCCGGCAUCGAAGGUUGCAAAAGCAGCACUUUUGUGGAAGGCGCAAGAAAUAUGCCCCCAAGCCUCCCACAGAUGAUACCUAUGUAAGGGUGGAUGAAUACAUCAGCACUGGAAGGCUCAGAAGGUCUGCUGGGAAAUCUCAGCGAGGCCUCAAUGUGGAAACCCUCGUUGUGGCUGAUAAGAAAAUGGUGGAAAAACAUGGAAAAGAAAACGUGACCACAUACAUCCUAACUGUAAUGAAUAUGGUUUCCAGCCUUUUUAAAGAUGGGACCAUUGGAAGUGACAUUAACAUUGUUGUGGUGAGCCUCCUUCUCCUGGAACAAGAACCUGGUGGAUUACUGAUCAAUCACCAUGCAGAUCAAUCUCUGAAUAGCUUCUGUCAGUGGCAGUCUGCUCUCAUCGGGAAAAACAACAAGAGGCAUGAUCAUGCUAUUUUACUAACAGGACUGGAUAUCUGUUCCUGGAAGAAUGAGCCAUGUGACACUUUAGGUUUUGCUCCAAUCAGUGGAAUGUGCAGCAAGUAUCGAAGUUGUACCAUUAAUGAAGACACAGGGCUUGGUCUGGCGUUCACCAUAGCUCAUGAGUCAGGCCACAACUUUGGGAUGAUUCAUGAUGGAGAAGGAAAUCCAUGUAGAAAGGCUGAAGGCAACAUCAUGUCCCCCACUCUAACUGGAAACAAUGGGGUGUUCUCUUGGUCCUCUUGCAGUAGGCAAUAUCUCACCAAGUUCCUCAGCACAGCCCAGGCCUCUUGCCUGGUUGAUGAACCAAAGCAAACAGGACAGUAUAAAUACCCAGACACACUCCCAGGGCAGAUCUAUGAUGCAGAUGUUCAGUGCAAAUGGCAAUUUGGAGCAAAAGCAAAACUGUGCAGCCUCAGUUUUGUGAAGGACAUUUGCAAAUCACUUUGGUGCCAUCGAACAGGCCACAGAUGUGAGACAAAAUUCAUGCCAGCAGCAGAAGGCACUAUUUGCGGUUUGAGUAAGUGGUGUCGGCGAGGUCAGUGUGUCAAGUUUGGUGAGCAUGGACCCCGGCCCAUACACGGCCACUGGUCGGAGUGGUCAGCGUGGUCAGAGUGUACACGGACCUGCGGGGGAGGAGUCACUCAGCAAGAGAGGCACUGCACUAACCCCAAACCACAGCAUGGUGGCAAAUUCUGUUCAGGGUCUAGUCGCCUGUAUCAGCUGUGCAAUGUUCACCCUUGUCAAGCCAAUAGUAUGGACUUCCGUUCCCAGCAGUGUGCUGAGUAUAACAGUAAGCCUUUCCGAGGAUGGUACUACAAGUGGAAACCCUAUACUAAAGUGGAAGAGAAGGAUAGAUGCAAGCUUUACUGCAAGGCUGAAAAUUUUGAAUUUUUCUUUGCAAUGUCUUCUAAGGUGAAAGAUGGCACUUCUUGUUCUCCAAACAAAAAUGAUGUUUGCAUUGAUGGCAUUUGUGAGCCAGUAGGAUGUGAUCAUAAGCUGGGCUCCCAAGCAACUUUGGAUGCUUGUGGUGUUUGCAAAGGAGAUAAUUCAACAUGCAAGUUUUAUAAAGGCUUAUACCUUGACCAGCACAAAGCAAAUGAAUAUUAUCCAGUUGUAACCAUUCCAGUGGGAGCACGCAGUAUUGAAAUACAGGAGUUACAGAUAUCUACAAGUUAUCUUGCAGUUUGCAACCUGAAUAAAAAAUAUUAUCUCACAGGAGAUUGGACUAUUGAUUGGCCAGGGGAGUUCCAAUUUGCUGGGACCGUAUUUGACUAUCAACGUCCUUUGAACCACCCUGAACGUCUGUAUGCAGCAGGACCUACAAAUGAGACACUGGUCUUUGAAAUUCUGAUGCAAGGCAAAAAUCCAGGGAUCUCAUGGAAAUAUACCCUGCCCAAAGUCAAGAGCACGACGCAGACAGUGAUACAAGGACACAUCUACACAUGGAAGACAGUGCAGUUGGAAUGUUCAGUUUCUUGUGGUGGAGGUGACUCUGAGAUCUUGAAAGGCUCUGACAAUGAAGCACAAACUAUGGCAAAUCUUACCCAGAGUGUGGUAUUAGUAGAUGGUUGCAUAGUUAGCUACCCCGGCAAGACCGCAGCUGGGAAUUCUAUUCAGAGUGCCAGAUUUAAAGAUGACAUUGCUAAAAUGAAGCCAAUCCAGAGGAGGACAGAGGAUUGUUGGGCCCCAGGUGAAUGGAGUUCCUGCAGUCAGUCCUGUGGGGGAGGCCAGCAAACCCGGCUUAUUCAAUGUAUCCAAAAGAGAAGUUUUCAAAAGGAAGAGAUUGUAGUACAUUCUCGGUGCCCAGUGAGCACCCCAUCCCAGAUCCAAGUCUGCAAUACUCAUGCCUGUCCUCCAGAAUGGAACCCUGGGCCAUGGUCUCAGUGUUCCAAGACCUGUGGACGAGGGGUGAAGAAGCGGGCAAUCUAUUGUCAAAGUGCUGCCAGAGGUGAUAUCCUACCAGACAACAUGUGUGUCUCAGUCCCAAAGCCAGAAGCCCAAGAGGGCUGCGUGCUAGGCCGCUGUCCCAGGAACGACCGGCUUCAGUGGGUGGUUUCCUCUUGGAGUGAGUGCUCAACAUCCUGUGGUCCAGGUAUAAAGAAAAGGGUGGUACAAUGCAGUGAGAAAGGCCUGCCAGGAAAGCUGAUGACUUUCCCAGAGCGAAGAUGUCGUCACAUCAAGAAACCAAAGGUAGACCUGGAGGAAGCCUGUCACCAAGGAACUUGCCCAAAAGCCCCUGGGCCUUCACUGGUUGCCCGAUGGUAUUCUUCCCCUUGGCAACAGUGCACAGUGACCUGUGGAGGUGGCCUACAGACCAGAGCAGUGCAGUGUCUCCAGGAAGGUCGGCCCACAGCCAAUUGUCUCAUUCACCAAAAGCCAUCAGCUGUCCGAGCCUGUAACACCAACUUUUGCCCCAUGCCAACAAAGAGAGAUGAGCCACCCUGUGUGGAUUUCUUCAGCUGGUGCCAUCUGGUUCCACAACAUGGUGUCUGCAACCACAAGUUUUACGGCAAACAGUGCUGCAAGUCAUGCUCAAGGAAGAACCGGUGA